UGAAAAUACAUUGGUCGUGUCGAAGAUGAAAUUUAUACAGCCUCCUGCCGCUGGCCCGCGAGUCCGCGACACAGCCGGCGCGAAGUUGAAAGUUAUAUGCUCUGAGUCUCUGACAAGUGACAACCACGCCACCUCUUCGCUCCUUCCUUCCGUUAUGGAAGAAUUCCCUGCAAAAUAAUUCAACAUUUUCUGUUUACAAUGGGAUCUUCCCUUAUACCUCAGAUGCCACUUUGCACCAUCUCAAAACCCUAGUUCUUCGUAGAAUCGCUAAUUUUUAAUCUCAGAGCUCACGAUUUCUCUGUUGGGUUUUAGGAUCAAUAUCCAAUUGAACGAAGGAUUUUCAGUAAUCUAUCAUAUUUCACAUAUAUAUAUAUAUAUAUAUAUAUAUAUAUAUAUAUCUAUAUAUUUUUCGAUGACACAACCAUCGGUUUUGCUAGCAACAGGUAGUUAUGAUCACACUAUUCGAUUCUGGGAGGCUAAAAGUGCCCGCUGUUGCCGUACCAUCCAAUACCCAGAAUCACAAGUUAAUCGGCUGGAGAUUACACCGGAUAAGCGAUUCUUAGCUGCAGCUGGAAACCCUCACAUACGUUUGUUCGACAUCAAUUCAAACAACCAUCAACCUGUACAGAGCUUUGAUUCACACACUAGCAAUGUAAUGGCAGUAGGGUUUCAAUGUGAUGGGAACUGGAUGUAUUCUGGUUCGGAAGAUGGCACAGUAAAGAUUUGGGAUUUGAGGGCACCUGGAUUUCAGAGAGAAUAUGAAAGCCGUGCUGCUGUCAACACAGUUGUUCUGCAUCCAAACCAGACGGAGCUAAUAUCUGGUGACCAGAAUGGAAAUAUUCGAGUAUGGGACUUGAAAGCAAAUGCGUGCAGCUGUGAGUUGGUUCCUGAGGUAGAUACUGCGGUUAGGUCUCUGACUGUAAUGUGGGAUGGAAGCUUGGUUGUAGCAGCAAACAAUCACGGAACAUGUUAUGUUUGGCGUGUAUUGCGUGGGACCCAGACUAUGACCAACUUUGAGCCCCUUCAUAAGUUACAAGCACACGAUGGAUACAUCCUCAAAUGUCUCCUUUCCCCUGAGUUGUGUGAACCUCACCGGUAUCUGGCAACAGCAUCUUCUGAUCAUACUGUCAAAAUAUGGAAUGUGGAUGGAUUUACCUUGGAGAAAACUCUCAUAGGGCAUGAGCGAUGGGUUUGGGACUGCGUUUUCUCCGUGGAUGGUGCAUUUCUUAUCACAGCAUCUUCUGACACAACCGCAAGAUUAUGGUCAAUGUCAACCGGCAAAGAUAUCAAAGUGUAUCAAGGCCAUCAUAAAGCCACAGUCUGUUGUGCUCUCCAUGAUGGUCCUGAACUUUCUUCUUGCUGAUAAUUGAUAAACUUUCAUCAUCUUUGUAUGUAACUUUUUUCUAGGUUGUGAUGUUGCUAUUUCAUCUCAUUCUUCUCUUUUAGAUGAGCAAUAGAUUUCCUCAUUUUAUUAGCAUAAUUAGUUGUUGGGCAGUGUAAACUUCACAAAUCGGAUCCAGCAUGGUAUAAAACAUACUCGCCUAAUUAUUUCGUAGUUUGGGCCUUUAAAUAAAAAGCUUUGCUACUUUUACAUCUAAUAUGUGAUAUAAACCA